AUGGCUGUGAAACUAGGAAACAUACACAAGAUACGAGAAUUUGAAUUGGAAAAGGUAUGUCUUGCAGAAGAAUUCGACAUUUUGCAAAUCGUGGGCGAAGGUUGGUUUGGAAAAAUUUUAUUAGUUGAACACAAAGGGACAGACACUGAGAUGGUCUUGAAGGCCCUUCCUAAGCCCUAUGUAUCUUUAAGGGACUUUUUCAGAGAAUUCCACUACGGUUUGCACCUUGGUCAACAUAAAAACGUGAUCACAACCUACGAUGUUGCUUUUGAAACUGCUGGAUUUUAUGUCUUCUCACAAGAGUAUGCACCUUUAGGUGACCUAACCUCAAAUGUUUCUGAAAAUGGCAUAGGAGAUUUACAUUCGAAGAAAGUUGCAAAACAAAUAGCAGCUGCUUUGGAUUUUUUGCACGCCAAAGAUUUAGUACACAGGGAUGUAAAAUUAGAUAACAUUCUAGUUUUCAAAUCCGAUUUCUCCCGAGUCAAGUUGUGCGACUUCGGCGAAACUCGCAAAGUCGGCGCCACUGUACGAAGGCGAAACGAGUGGUUGCCGUAUUCGCCGCCAGAGGUGCUGAGGACGGAGACGGAUGAUUCUUACAAAGCCAGUACCUCACACGAUGUUUGGCAAUUUGGCAUCGUCGUCUUCGUUUGUCUCACAGGUUGUCUACCUUGGCAAAAGGCUGCUCAGGAUGAUCCUAGAUACCUAAAGUACAAUACGUGGCACUGCAGCACAAUACCAUUACGAAGACAACCCAAGCUCUUCAAACUUUUAACAUCAAAGGCUCAAAGGAUGUUUAGAAGAUUUUUAGAACCAAGAGUGGAAAAAAGGCCAAGUGGCCUCGGAGACUUGUCCAAAUUUCUGGAGGACAGAUGGUUGACCAAAACCGCCGGAGACAAAGCCAGCGAAUAUUAUGAUGAUGAUGAGUUGUGUCCAUCAAUGUACAGUUUCCAUAGCAACCUGGAGGAAAAAAAUAGGCUUUUGCACACUUUGAGCGAAUAUGGAAUUGAAACUGUAGUCGACAGGGCCGCCAAAAAGGAGCGCAUCAGGGAUUGGAUACAGAGUAGUGUUAUUACGGAAGAAGAAGAAGAAGAAAACGCUAAUCAUCAAACCCAAGAAAACAACCAAAUGGCGGCCAUGCACUUCCCUGCAGUUUUGCAAACUGUCAACAAUAACCAC